AUGGCGCUGCGCAUGAACAGAAAAGCAGCGUGUCAAAACAUAACCAGUACGACAGUGGAUGAACUAACAACAACAGAAGAAACAACAAGUCAAACAACUGUUCUAUCAACUACAACACCAACUGAAUUGACCACUGUUCUAACAACUGCAGAGGCAAAAGCUAGUACAAGUGUACCAUCAACUAUAACACAAACUGAAUCGAAUAUUUCUACUUUGCACACAAUACAAGCUGCAGAAACCACAAGCCCAACCACAGCAGAAACAACUGCUGCUACAAGAACUCAAUCUCAAACUGCAGAAACCACAAGCCCAACUGCAGCAGAAACAACUGCGGCUACAAGUACUGUCUCUCAAAGUACUACAGUUGAGAUAAUAACAACUACAGAAGAAACAACAAGUCAAACAACUUUGUACACAACACAAGCUGCAGAAACCACAAGCCCAUCAACAGCAGAAACAACAUGGACUUUGUACACAACACAAGCUGCAGUAACGACAAACACAAGAACAGCAGAAACAACAUCGACUACAAGUCCUCUUUCUCAAACUGCAGAAUCCACAAGCCCAUCAACAGCCGAAACAAUUGCAGCUACAAGUAUUCGAUUUCAAAGUUCUACAGUGGAUGAACCAACAACAACAGAAGAAACAACUAGUCAAUCUACUGUACGAUCAACUCCAACACCAACUGAAUUGACCACUUCUACAUUGCACACAACACAAGCUGCAGAAACAACAAGCCCAACCACAGCUGAAACAUCUGCUGCUAAUCGUACUCUAUCUCCAUCUUCGACACUUCAGGAACUACCAACAACAAAUCUACCAGCUAGUACAAGUGUACCAUCUACUACAACCCCAACUGAAUUGACCACUUCUACUGUGUACACAACACAAACUACAGCAAGUACAACAUCACCAACAACAGAAACACCUGGCACUUCAAAUACUCUGUCUCAAAGCUCUAAACUUGAGGAAUCAACCAUUACUGAAACAGCAACUGGAACAGCAAGUGGAUCAUCAAGUACAGUGCCAACUGAAUUGACCAUGAGUAGUGUUUUCACAAACCAAGCUAUAGCAACCACAGCACCAACAACAGAAACAACAGCCUCUGCAAAUAGUGUAUCUCAAAGCCCUAAACUUGACGAAGCAACAGUUGCAGAAGCAACGACUGGUACAACAAGUGGAUUCUCAACUUCAAUGCCAACUGAAUUGACCAUGAGUACUAUCAACAGCUACAGAAGCAACGACUGGUACAACAAGUGGAUCCUCAACUUCAAUGCCAACUGA